UCUUACUAGCAGGUGUAGCCGUGUAGGCUUUUCAUGACUGUUGUUGUUGCCGUUUGGGAAUAUAGAAGGAGAGGCCAUUCGAGCCAGAGCACGAGCAUUUUGCACUGGAGUAGCUAUAACAAAUUUAACCGUCAGACUGUUAUAUACACAAUAUAUUUAAGAUUUCUAAUUUAAAUGGGAUACUCUCAAAGCCCAAACAACAAACACUCCUAAACGGCUAAUUGGCUAAACCCUAACACAUCACUCCUCUGUCCUCUCCCACGCUGCUGCCGUCGUCUCUAACCCAUCGCUGCUGCAAUUAUGUUGAACCUGUAGCUUUCUUCGAUUCUUCCCUGUCUCCUCCUCAGUCGGUUAAGCCACAUCAGCUUCGCCUCCGCCGACCUGGUGACCGCCGUCGGCCAUCGCGCACAGCAGUAACUCUCUGCUUCGUUCAAACUUCUGAGUUCCAAGGGAUCUGGAAUCAUGUAUUAGCAUGUGGAUUGAGUUGGUGGCUUGAUGGUUUCUUCUUUUUGUUUUUUAGUUGUAUUCUUUUUCUCUGCAGCUGCAAGUAGGACAGUGGUUGAAGUUGAACAGACCAAGAACUGGCAUCCUCUACAAACUGCACUACUCUUGCAGAGCUACUCCAGUGCAAAAUGCCCAGAAGGCCAAGAACACAUUGCCAACAGCCCAGAACUUUGCCAUUUACAUUCUCCCCUUUUGCUCGUGCUCUGGCUCGAAUGGCCUCUCCUUCUAUGCCCAAACGGCAACGCCAACACUCCAAAUUUGAUGAAAAGCCUACACCUGCUAGUAAGUCCUCGUUAAAGGAGAAAGCCAAAGAAUAUGAGUCCUCUGAUGAGGAGUUUGAAGGAGUUGUCCAAGCAGACUUUUCCUUUUUUGAUCCUAAACCCAAUGACUUUCAUGGAGUGAAGACCUUGCUGCAAACAUACCUGGAUGAUAAGGAAUGGGAUUUAAGUGGAUUUGUAGAUUUAAUUUUGGCGCAGACUACAGUAGGCACUGUUGUAAAGAUAGAGGAUGAUGAGGAUGAAGGGCUUUUUGCUGUUGUUAGUGCUCUUAAUUUGUGCAGAUAUAGGGAGCAAAAAUGCAUUACGGAAGUUAAGGACUUUCUCCUAUCCAAAGCACGCCAAGAGAAGGGCAUUACUGAUAAAUUGAGGUUACUUUUGGAGGAACAAGCACGUGACAUAGGUCUCUUGGUUUCACAGCGUGUGUUGAACCUUCCUCCGCAACUCUUGCCACACCUUUAUGAAGCCCUUUUUGAUGAGGUGUCAUGGGCCACAGAAGAUGAGCCAACAGAGGACCUCCGGAAGUCUUUCCAGUUUAAGCAUUAUAUAAUACUCAGCAAAAUUUACGAGCACAAGAAUAUAGUAAAGAAAAGAAAACCAAGCUCCGACGAUGAUGAAGCAAUAAUUUAUGUAAAGCCUGAGGAUGAGAUUUUCCAUAAGUUGUGCUCAUGGUCCUUCUGUUUUCCAUUGCGAGCUCAGCAGCUUGCACCUCCUGAGCUAAAGAAUUACAGGCCAAUGGGAUUAGUCAUGGCUGUUGAGGCAGGCAAAAUUCCAGCAUUUCGUCAAGAGUUAGGUUCUCUAAUCAGUGAAACUUGAAGCAGCAAGGUUGCACAAUUUCCAUUAUACAUACAACCUAACUGCUGAAGCUUUUCAUCUAUUUCAACCUUCACAAUUCUUUUGAGCUGCCAAAUUUUGAUCCCGCCCGCAAAUUAUCCAAUUUUAACGAGAUGGUGAAGAUAAUUUUGUUUCCCCUCUUGUUUCUGUUGUACGGUUUUCCUGCAGUUAUUGGGAUUCCAUACAUGAUGUGGUAAAACUUCCAUGAAUUUUUGCCAUGAAAAGAGGAUUGGAAAUACAUAAUUCGGUUUUUUAAUUUUUACUGAACCUGAUGAAGAAGUAAUAUUUAAGUCCCAAAGUAUUUUAUGAGAUUGGUGAUGUGCACCAAAAUUGUACUUGAGAUUUUUAAUUACACUAAUUACAUCUAUGAAA